CGGAGUCCCGUGUCAGUGGUGCGCCCGGAGUCACCAUGCGGUCGCAGAUCCUGCUCACCCUCUGCUUGGCAGCCGGCCUGCAGGCGGCGCCCGAGCGACCGGAGGGAGGCCUCUCAUGCCCCCGCUCCCAGGGCCUCUUCGCGCACCCCUUCGACUGCAGCAAGUUUCUGCACUGCGACCAUGGUCAUCCGUACGUCAAGGACUGCCCGGCCAACCUGCACUUCAACCCCAAGAUCAUGGUGUGUGAUUGGCCGGAGCAGGCGGGCUGCCGGCCGGGCACGCCCACCGACCCGCCCACGCCCGACGUGCCGCCUGAGCCCGGCAUGGAGUGCGACUGCGAGUGCUGCCUGAAGCCCAACGGCGACGACUGCACCACCUUCUACCUGUGCAAGGAUGGCAAGGCCUACCUGGAGACUUGCGCCACCGGCCUGGUGUACAACCCCAACAUCCAGAACUGUGACCUGCCCAGCAAUUACAACUGUGGUGGUCCCGAGCCGACGCCCAGUCCGUUUGAUUGUCCCACCGACGGACUGUUCCCCAAUCCGGCCGACUGCCACACCUUCUUCCACUGCUCCAAUGGAAUCUCGUACAAGAAGAACUGUCCCGCUAACCUCGACUUUGACGCGCGGACAAAGCGGUGCGAGUGGCCAAACCAGGCCGGCUGCCGGUACCCAGCCUCGACCACUAAGAAGCCUCCCGAACCCACUACGCGCUCCACCACUACAACCAAAGGGCCGGACUUCGACUGCCCCACCGGAGACGGGCUCUUCCCCAAUCCGGAGGACUGUCAUACGUUCUUCCAUUGUUCCAAUGGAAUCCCGUACAAGAAGGACUGCCCUGCUAAUCUCGACUUCGACGCCAAGACGAAACGGUGCGAGUGGCCAGACCAGGCCGGCUGCCGGUACCCAGCCUCGACCACUCAGAAGCCGCCCGAACCCACCACGCGCUCCACCACUACAACCAAACGGCCGGACUUCGACUGCCCCACCGCAGACGGGCUCUUCCCCAACCCGAAAGACUGCCAUACGUUCUUCCAGUGUUCGAACGGAAUCCCCUACCUAAUGGACUGUCCGGCCAACCUCGAAUUCAACCCGGUCCUCCUCGUCUGCGAUUGGCCAGAGCAUGCCGGCUGCUCGAAUAAGACCACACCCACUACGCCCGCAGUGUCCCCCACCACACCCCGCACGCCCGCUACCACUCCCAAACGGCCGGACUUCGACUGCCCCACCAGCACCAGCAGCGGGCUGUUCCCCAACCCGAAAGACUGCCAUACGUUCUACCAGUGUUCGAACGGAAUCCCCUACCUAAUGGACUGUCCGGCCAACCUCGAAUUCAACCCGGUCCUCCUCGUCUGCGAUUGGCCAGAGCAUGCCGGCUGCUCGAAUAAGACCACACCCACUACGCCCGCAGUGUCCCCCACCACGAGGCCGGUUGUCACCACCACCAAGAAGGACUUCGACUGCCCCACCAGCAACGGGCUGUUCCCCAACCCGAAGGACUGUCAUUCGUUCUACCACUGCUCGAACGGGUACCCUUACCUGAAGGACUGUCCCGCUAACCUUGAGUUCAACCCGGUGCUCUUGGUGUGCGACUGGCCCAAUCACGCUGGCUGCGGCGGCCACCCGCAGCCCACGCCCGACUACCCGGUCACCACGCCGGUGCCCGACGACGACAUCGUCUGCCCGAACAAGAGCUGCGCGUGCAGAGUACCUGAUCCCAAAGACUGCCACAAAUUUUACCAGUGCAAGAACGGCAAGGCCUACCCGAUGAGCUGUCCGAAGGGCCUUGUCUACAACCCGACUCUGGAGGUCUGCGACUACCCUGAAGACGUCCCGGGGUGCAUGCCAACGAAGCCGACCAAGCCAACCAGGCCGACCAAGCCGACCAAGCCGACCAAGCCGACCAAGCCGACCCGGCCGACCCGGCCGACACGGCCAACCAGGCCAACCAGGCCGACCAAGCCGACGCAUAAGCCCAAGCCACAUUCAUCCAGCUCUAGCUCCGAGUCGGGAAGCGGAUCUCACCACCACCACAGCAGCGACUCUCACUCCAGCUCAAAGCACCACCACAGCAGCGACUCGGACUCCGGCUCGAAGCACCACCAUGGCAGCGGCUCCCAUUCGAAGCACCACCACGGCAGCGACUCGAAGCACCACCAUGGCAGCGGCUCUCAUUCGAAGCAUCAUGGCAGCGACUCGAAGCACCACGGUAGUGGCUCGAAGCACCACCCUGGCAGCGGCUCGAAGCACCACCACGAUAGUGGCUCGAAGCACCACGGCAGGGAGUCGGCGGAGCGCGUGAAGUCGUUUGCACCUGCUCUGAAGAGCUCGCCUCUGUACAGGAACCCGGACCACGGCACUGUCGAGGACGAUGAUGGCUUCUUGGAGGCCCAGUUCUGCCCGAAGCCGAACGGCAAGUUCGCGUCCUCCAAGUGCCACUACUACUACCACUGCGUGGACGGCGUGCCGACCAUGAAGCGCUGUCUGCACGGCACGCGCUUCUACGCCAGGGGGUCUCGCUGCAUUCCGGGCAGCUGCUGAGCGGCCGCUGGGCAGCUGCUGGGCGGCCGCUGGGCGCCUGCUGGGCUACUGCUGAGCGCCUGGUCACUGCGUAGUGGGGGAUGGUUCUGCAGAGGCUGCUGACCGUCGCGGUCCAGAGUGAGGGCUAGUCCGGUCGAGAACGUGAGGACGCUCGCGCCGGCGGACAGCUCACUGUCCACUCAGCUGCAGCUCUGUGCGAAAGGCUCUUCCGGAUCGUGUGCUUCUAGCUUAUGUAGGACUGGCUUGUGUGCACUUGGGAGAAGGUGGUACGCGCUCGACGAACGGAUGCCUCUUGUUUCUUACGCUUGGACGUUGACGGACUAUUGCUAGUGUAUCUCCUCUACUGCACCGCGUGCUGUUGCUAAUGCAUCUUCUUAACUGCACCCUGUUCGCAUGUAUAACAAGUGCACACAUUGAGCAAUAAAUUUGCACGUCAUAA